GGGGCAGAGCCCGCCUGGGCUCGGCGAGGGAAAGUCCCUCGUUCCGGGCAGAAAGCCUCGCCUUCGGUUAGCCAACAGCACAAAUCAGAUAACAAUGCAGAACAAACAGAAUACCACCGCCAAGCGAUUUCCAUGUCAAACAUCGCACCGCUCAGCAGCUCCAUUUGUAAGUGUGAACUGCGGACUGAGCUUCCUGCAAAGUCCACAGAAAGGUUGGUGCGUACCACCUCCCCCCCCGCCCCGCUACUGGGGACCAUCACACCGCAAUUCCGCUGGCGGAGCCUUUUCAACCCCUCGCCUCGUCUUCAAAUGGAAAUGAUUCCCAUUGGCCCAAGGUGUCCAUGUAAAUAGGUGUAAAUGAAACCAGAUUAUGCCUUUCUCUCCAGCCCCCUCCUCCCGCCGCCCUCCCCCUCCUCCCAAGGCGAUUGUCAUAUGAUAGCGAAGAAGUGGCACAUUAAUGAAGCGCCUCUACAGGGGUCUUUUCUGCUCAUGUCACCACAUAAAACUAUCAGAUGCUUGGAGGAAGGACAUGGAGGCAACUACUUAGCUCACCGCCUCUGCAGAGAAGCGGGCGAGCCGCUGCCGCAACCCAGCUGCCGCCAGCGUCAAAGGAGCUGAUUCAGCCCGCGAAGGAGAAGGGAGGGCUACGCAAAGGGAUUCUCCGGAGCGAGCCGGGACUAACAGCGGAGCGGAGCGGCCGGGCAGGGGGCGAGAGAGGAGCCGCGGCACCGCGCUGGGGAGCAGCCCGGACUCCCGGCCGCGUCCCGGAUGCGGACUGUCAACUUCCAGCAACUUUAAGAUCUCCGCGGGUCCCCAAGCGAAGAUGCCUCGCCCGGGCAGAAACACUUACAGCGACCAGAAGCCCCCCUACUCCUACAUCGCCCUCAUCGCCAUGGCCAUCCAGAGCUCGCCCGAGAAGAUGCUGACCCUCAGCGGGAUCUACCAGUUCAUCAUGGACCGCUUCCCCUUCUACCGCGAGAACAAGCAGGGCUGGCAGAACUCCAUCCGCCACAACCUCUCCCUCAACGACUGCUUCGUCAAGAUCCCGCGGCGGCCCGAGCCGGGCAAGGGCAACUACUGGACGCUGGACCCCGACUGCGAGGACAUGUUCGAGAACGGCAGCUUCCUGCGGCGCCGCAAACGCUUCAAGGUGCUCAAGUCGGAGCACCUGGCGCCCAGCAAGCCGGCCGACGCGGCGCAGUACCUGCAGCAGCAGGCGAAGCUGCGCCUCAGCGCGCUGGCGGCCACGGGCACGCACCUGCCCCAGAUGUCCACAUACAAUCUCGGCGUGUCACAGCCGUCCAGCUUCAAGCACCCCUUCGCCAUCGAGAACAUAAUCGCCCGAGAAUACAAGAUGCCCGGCGGACUCGCCUUCUCCACCAUGCAGCCCAUGCCGGCCGCCUACCCGCUCCCCAACCAGCUCACCACGGUGGGCAGCUCCAUCGGCACGGGCUGGCCCCACGUGUACGGCUCCGGCGUGAUCGACACGGCCACCCCCAUCUCCAUGGCCGGCGGCGAGUACGGCGCCUACGGCGUGCCCAUCAAACCGCUGUGCCACGGCGGGCAAACUUUGCCGGCCAUCCCCGUGCCCAUCAAGCCGACCCCAGCCGCCGUGCCGGCCCUCCCCGCGCUGCCCGCGCCCAUCCCCACCAUCCUCUCGAACUCGCCGCCCUCUCUCAGCCCCACGUCCUCGCAGACGGCCACCAGCCAGAGCAGCCCGGCCACCCCCAGCGAGACUUUGACGAGCCCGGCGCCCGCGCUGCACUCGGUGGCGGUGCACUGACCCCGCGGUCCCCGCGCUCCGUCUCGCCGCACCCCCCGCCCGGCUCCGCGCGGUCGGCCGAGCACACGGCGUGAGCCGCCCCGCCGCGCUCCCCGUCUCGCCCUUGCCGCUCCUUAACUUUGUUUAUCCGCUCCUCGGAGGUAAAGCGGAGCGGAGCCCCCCGCCCUCCCACCCGCCGCGCCCCGGCAUGUGCAUGGCCGCCGUGCCUCGAAGCGCUCCGGAUACACUCGGCGUGCCGGGCAGCGGACGAGCCUCGCCUCUUUCCUUUUCUUUGUCUGGGGAAGGGCAGGGUGUUACCCAGGACCGACCUUUAAAACCAUAAACGGUACAAAACGGCCGCAGCCUCACCGCACGAGAGCAGCGACGUGGCCGGUCUCCGAGGGGCAAACGCUCCGACUCUGGAAGCCCGGAACGCGCUCGUUCCCUUCGUGCGGUGCUGGGUGCGUGUACGCGGCUCAGGCAGCGGGGUCGGAGCUGCGCCGGGCGGGGUGCGGGGCCGCCCGAGAAGAGCCGGAGCGCCGUGGGGGAGGGAGGCGGCAGCGGGCGGCCCGGGAGCAGAGAGCGGGGCGGUCGGGAGCAGGGCCCGGUGCUGGGUGGCGGCAGCCGCUCCGCCCCCGCGGCCGCACUGUUUACAAAGCGCGUGUUUCCCUGUAAAUAGCGGGCUCGUAUCUGUACCGUACAUCACACGAGGUCCCCCUCGCAGUACCUGUUGUAAAGUGGAUGUUGACCGUAGUUUUCCGGUGGAAGAGAAAUCGAAGUUGGUUUGUCUGAUAACUUCUGAUUCAGAUGGAGGUUCGGGCUUUCUUUAUUUUUAUUUUAUUUUUUCCAAUUUUGUAGCUGUUUCACGGCUCACAAACAAACAACCAAAACCCUCCACCAAGCGCACAGCCCUGCGCAGGCUCCGUGCCAGCGGAACGGUACCCGGGUACGGCACGGCGCAGGCAGACGGGAAGCUGUCCAUGGUUGUGAAUAGGAAUGGUCAUAAAUGUGUGAAACGCACUUUUGUUUGAAAUAUUUUCUAGUUUUAGGUAGUUUGCUGGAAACCGAACUGUUGUUCUGUCGUGAACUGCUUAAGUUAAGGAAAAAGAAAAAGCAAACCUCUACGAACAGCAUUAGUGUCUAUUGAUACUGUAAAGAAUUCUCUUUUUAACUCUUUUCUUCCUGUACAGAACGAGCAUGGCGUUGGAAAUAUCGGUGUUCUCAUUCCCAGCAUGUGUGUUUUAAGACAAAGGUUAAAAAAAAAAAGUGUCUACGUUAAAUUAUGAACCUAGUCGUCCAAAUAAUAUUUUCUCAUUAAAAUAUGUAAAUGCA